CCCGCGCCGCGGGAGCGAGCCCGGCCGCCCGCCGGCCCAAGGAGACUGUCGCCGGGCGUCGAGGUUCCCUACCAGGCUGUUCAGAGGACCCUCUUGCCUGAGGCAAUAUGGAGGGAGGCCCAGCUGUCUGCUGCCAGGACCCUCGGGCAGAGCUGGUGGAGCGGGUGGCAGCCAUCGAUGUGGCCCAUUUAGAGAAGGUGGAACCUGAACCUACCAGGAACGGUGUGGACCCUCCACCACGGGCCAGGGCUUCCUCUGUGAUCCCUGGGGCAGCUCUGAGACCCCCUCCCACCCGGCCCAGCCUCUCAGUUCGGAAGUUCUCCCUGCAAGAGCGGCCAGUGGGGAGCUGCCUCGAGGCCCGGGCGGGGCCUUAUGCCACGGGGCCCUCCAGCCACAUCUUCCCACGGGCCUGGCGGAGGCCCACCAUCGAGUCCCACCACGUGGCCAUCUCGGAUGCAGAGGACUGUGUGCAGCUGAACCAGUACAAGCUGCAGAGCGAGAUUGGCAAGGGUGCCUACGGCGUGGUGAGGCUGGCCUACAACGAGAGUGAAGACAGACACUAUGCAAUGAAGGUUCUUUCCAAAAAGAAGUUACUGAAGCAGUACGGUUUUCCACGUCGCCCUCCCCCGAGAGGGUCCCAGGCUGCCCUGGGAGGACCGGCCAAGCAGCUGCUGCCCCUGGAGCGGGUGUACCAGGAGAUUGCCAUUCUGAAGAAGCUGGACCAUGUGAAUGUGGUCAAACUGAUCGAGGUCCUGGAUGAUCCAGCUGCGGACAAUCUCUAUUUGGUGUUUGACCUUCUGAGAAAGGGGCCAGUGAUGGAAGUGCCCUGCGACAACCCCUUCCCCGAGGAGCAAGCUCGCCUCUACCUACGGGACAUCAUCUUGGGCAUCGAGUACUUGCACUACCAGAGGAUCAUCCACAGGGACAUCAAGCCAUCCAACCUGCUCCUGGGGGACGACGGGCAUGUGAAGAUCGCCGACUUUGGUGUCAGCAACCAGUUUGAGGGGAACGAUGCUCAGCUGUCCAGCACGGCCGGCACCCCUGCAUUCAUGGCCCCCGAGGCUAUUUCUGAUUCAGGCCAGAGCUUCAGUGGAAAGGCUUUGGAUGUAUGGGCCACCGGGGUCACACUGUACUGCUUUGUCUAUGGGAAGUGCCCGUUCAUCGAUGAUUACAUUCUGGCCCUUCACAGGAAGAUCAAGAAUGAGGCCGUGGUGUUUCCCGAGGAGCCAAAGGUCAGUGAGGAGCUCAAGGACCUAAUCCUGAAGAUGCUAGACAAGAAUCCCGAAACAAGGAUUGGGGUGUCAGACAUCAAGUUGCACCCCUGGGUGACCAAGAAUGGGGAGGAGCUGCUUCCCUCUGAGGAGCAGCACUGCAGCGUGGUGGAGGUGACUGAGGAGGAGGUGAAGAACUCGGUCAAGCUCAUCCCUAGCUGGACCACGGUGAUCCUAGUUAAGUCCAUGCUGAGAAAGCGUUCCUUUGGGAAUCCGUUUGAGCCCCAAGCGCGGAGGGAAGAGCGGUCCAUGUCUGCUCCAGGAAACUUACUGACGAAAGAAGGGUGUGGCGAAGGGGGGAAGAGCCCGGAGCUCCCUGGCGUCCAAGAAGAUGAGGCUGCAUCCUGAGCUCCUGCAUGCGCCCAGGGCCAUCCGACAGCACGCUCAUCCCGCGCCUCCAAAGGCCCACCGCCCUCACGCCGACAGCUGCCCCUGCAGGCAGGGGGCUAGGGUCUGUGCCCCUCUCCCAGCCCCCUGCCCCCUGCCCCCUGUCGUGCUGCAUGAGCUCCACGUGCGCGUCUAGGGACAGGAUUGGAAUGUGUGUCAUCUGUGGAUUUGAGGGCAGGGCAUGGUCAGGCAGGGCUCCUGCAAGGCCUCUCUCCUCAUUCUGGCUCUCCUUGUGGGGAAGCUUGGUGCCUGUAGUACUUCAGAAACCCCAUCCGGCUGGUUGGCCAGGCCCAGGGGCAGGAGGCUAGAAACCAAGAUGGCGGGUGAAGGCCUGGCUUUCCCCAACUGCAGAGACCUCCUGCUAGGUGCCAGGUGGGCUUCAUUCAGCUGUCACACACAUGGAGAGGUGUCACCCACCCUCUCAGAGUGGUGGUACCAGAGUUCUUUGUCUACUUGGAAUGCUGGUAUGGAGGAUCUGACCCUCAAAGGCUAUUCCUGGGCCUCCCUGGGUGGGGGCAGUAUUGGAGAAUUCAGAUUCCUUUCUUGUUAUCUUCUGCUUUUCUUUUAACCUGAACGCCAAGCCUUGCUUGGGAUCAUCUAAUGAGCUUUCCUACAGCCUUCAGUGGCUCCCAGCACACACCACCCAUAUGUGGCAGCCAAGUGGAUUUAGACUGACCUUCCUGGACUGUGUUUCACACUUGGUACCAUCCAGAGAAUGUGUUGAAUGACAUUAAACUCUGAGCAGAGGCCUGAGCCUAGAGCACACCACCUUCCCUGUCCUCCUCCCUCCCUCACCUUGUGGCUCCCCAGAGUCAUGGCUGCAGAAGAGACACCAGGCGCUGACAUUGGCUGAGGGCCUUUGGACUCACAGUACCUGAAAUAACUGGAAUUUGCUCUCCGAUCCUAUACUGGCCUGCCCACCUGGCCCUGGAAGCUGCCCUUACAUUUGUAGGGUGAAGGACAAAGUGCCCAGGUUGGAGGUGGUGCUGGAAAUGGGAGCCUGGAGGGGUGUGCACACUGGCAGGUGGCCGCAGAGAGGUGGGCCUCCCCCACCAAUGCCUCACCCCCAGGAUGGUCACCAUUCAGCCUGCUCAAAGCUGUAGCGCUCAAGCAUGUAUGUAGACACAGCCGUUCUAGAGCUGACUUUGUCUUCUCUCCAGGAUCACUGCCUGCCUGGCUGGCUUGGUGUUUACUGACCAAAUGCUCAGAAGUUGACUCCUAAAGGGAAAUAGAGCAGAACUCAGAUACCUCUCAAUACAUGGGCCAAACAAGGGGGUUCAGCCGCCUGCACCUGCAUAGGUUUCAUGUUUGGAGAGGAGAGGCGAGGCUGGGCAGGAGUACCACAGGCCAGACCCCUCAGUGCUGCGUCCUGCCGCGUCUCUGUGCCUGUGGGUGUACACUGCGCCUCCACGCACACACACACGUGCGUGCUCAUCUGCUGCACACAGCACACUCGCAUGUCUUGAACUGGUACAUGCAUCUGUAAUAUAGUUUCUAUGUCUAUUUAAGGCUAUGAGCAGAAUGCGGCCCGCUGUCAACGGGUCCACAUUUCUCCCCGCUCCUCUGCACUAUGGCAAAGGCCGCGUAACCCAGGGCUUAAAAAUAAUUCGGUACUGUUUUUAAUAACACUUUUGUAGAGUUAAAGGGAGGCAAAUUUAAAGCCAAUCACAGGUCAGCAGGUUUUUCUUGAGCAUCUUGGUGCCGGGGCCUGGAAGUUUCAGGGGGCUGCGUGGCCUGGACCCACCCGUGGAGAGGUUGGGGGUAGAUAUGGUGAAAGAGCCCAAGUUCAGGCUUCACGCCCCAGUCUGAGCCCAGAGGGCGUGCUCUCCCCUUCACUGGGGUUUUGGUUGGCAUCGUUGUUUUCGAGUGUAGUACAAGUGAACAAACUCUCUAAGAGUGUUUCAAAAAUUAACUUCCCAGGAAGUGAGUUAAAAACAAUAAAAGCCCUCUCUUGAAUUAAAAAACAAAACCCUUUUCUUUGUGUGUACAUUUUCUGCAGCUGUUUAUACAGGCAGCCCCUGGAUUACGAAUGAGUUCCAAUCCUAAAUCUGCCUUUAAGUCAAAUUUGUACAUAAGUCGGAACAGUUAGGUAGGGUUCAUAUCUAACAUUGGUUAGUCAAAUGUUUGUCAUCGUAUAUAGUGCACCUUUCUAUGCAUAAAAAACAAACACUUCUGGAUAUACUAAAACAUAUUUAACAUAAUAAUAGGGUGAUAAUAACAAUAAUGUUUUGAUGCGUGUUGCAAAGUAGUGCCCAUUUGUUAUUACAAACAAUUGUAUGUAUCUUGAAUUUUUAAUAUAAUAAGCUUUAUAGGGGUUGGUUCGUAACUAUGGGGUUGUAUGUAAGUUAGACAUUUGUAGCCCGGGGACUACCUUAUAUUCUUUCUCACCGUCAGCUUUGCUCAAUUUUCUAGGAGAGCCUGCAGUCCUGAAGUCCCUGAACAGGACAAUAGUGGGGAGAGCUCUGGGAACAAUUGAAGAGGGGAGAAGGGCUGGCUCUGGGGGUGAGAGGGCUGGGCCCAGGAUGCUACUCAGGCUCCUCGGCAGGUAGUAAGGCCCCUCCUCAGGGAAAACAGGGUGUUGGGGGAGCAAAAUGGGCCAUCCAGGAGGGAGCUGGGCCUGUUUCUGAGGGCCUCAGGAAGGCUGAGGUAUGGGCCAGGUGGGAGUCGUUGCUGCUCCUCAUGGGUCAGAAGUCCCUGUGGAGCUUCCUCAGGUUCUAGGGAGUCCCCAGCACUCAACUGAGUCUCUGUGUGACCUGGGCCCAGUGCCCUCCUGUGCCUCCUCAGCCUUGGGCACUGGUACAGGCUUUUUCAACCCUGCAGCUCCCUGCCACAGUAGGCCCCUCCAUGGCAGUGACGAAAAGAGGUCAUCAUUGCAGUUAGCCUUGGCCCUGAAUCCACAUGCUGCCAUUUAAUAGCUGUGACCUUUGAUAAGUCAUUGGAGGAGCCUCAGUUUCCUUUUCUGUAAAAUGGGGAUAAUAUCAGCAACUCCUUGUGAGAUUCUUGUGAGGAUAAAUGAAAUCCUUGUGCCAAGCACCUGACACACUGCUUGGCACAUAGCAAGUGCUCAGCAAAUAAGACCCUUAAAAGAAGAACAAAGAACUUUCUGCUCU